UGGAAGCUUCCCCUUCCCGUCUACACCCACCAUCAGCAGCAGCGUCAGUGAGAUAUACCCAUCAUGACCGACCUAUCUGUGCAGCUUACGGCGCCAAACGGCCGCACCUGGACUCAGCCAGUGGGCCUGUUCAUCAACAACGAAUGGGUCAAGUCUUCGAAUUCGGAGAAAAUCGUCUCGGUCAACCCUGCAACCGCCGCGGACAUCACCUCAGUUUACGCCGCAACGGAAGAGGAUGUUGACAAAGCCGUCAAGGCCGCGCGAGCAGCCCUCAAUAACCCCGACUGGAGAGAGAUGCCGGCCACCGAGCGCGGCCGCCUGAUGACCCGUUUGAGUGACCUCAUCGAAGAGAACCGCGAGAUCCUGGCCACGAUCGAGACGUGCGACAACGGGAAGCCAUACACCGUUUCCCGGGGCGAUGACCUCUCCGAGACUGCCGGAACAAUCCGCUACUACGCCGGCUUCGCGGACAAGGUCUUCGGGCAGGUGAUUGACACCACGCCUGAGAAGUUCGCGUAUACCAUUCGCGAGCCGGUGGGAGUGUGCGGGCAGAUCAUUCCCUGGAACUUCCCUCUGUCAAUGGCCGCAUGGAAGCUGGGCCCGGCCCUAGCCUGCGGAAACACAGUGGUUCUGAAACCCGCCGAGCAGACACCCCUCUCGAUUCUAUACCUGGCCAACCUGAUCGUCGAAGCCGGGUUCCCCCCAGGCGUCGUGAACAUCGUCAACGGCCACGGCCGCGUAGCCGGCGCGGCUCUCGCGUCGCACAUGGACGUGGACAAGAUCGCCUUCACGGGCAGCACAGCCACAGCCAAAGAAAUCAUGAAGAUGGCCAGCCGCAACCUGAAGAACAUCACGCUCGAAACGGGCGGCAAGAGUCCCCUGAUCGUCUUCAACGACGCGGACCUCGAGCAGGCCGUCGAGUGGGCCCAUAUCGGCGUCAUGUACAACCAAGGCCAGGUCUGCACCGCGACGUCGCGGAUUCUGGUGCAAGAUGGGAUCUACGAUAAGUUCGUCGAGGCCUUCAAGAACCAGAUCAAGAACGUCUCUGUCGUCGGUGAUCCCUUCGACGAGGCGACUUUCCAGGGCCCGCAGGUGAGCCAGGCUCAGUAUGACCGCAUCAUGUCCUACGUGAACGUGGGUAAGGCCGAGAACGCGAAGCUGGAGUGCGGCGGGGAGCCUUUCGAGGGGGUCGGCAAUGGCCGGGGCUUCUUCUUCAAGCCUACCGUGUUCACCAAUGUGUCUGAUCAGAUGCGCAUCUACCGCGAGGAAGUCUUUGGUCCGUUUGUGGUGAUCGCUCGGUUCAGCGAGGAGGAUGAGGCCAUUCGCAUGGCUAAUGACACUACCUACGGUCUUGGAAGUGCCGUCUUCACACAGAACCUGACCCGUGCUCACCGCACUGCUAGGCGCAUCGAAGCUGGUAUGGUGUGGAUUAACUCGAGCAACGACAGUGACUGGCGCAUUCCUUUUGGAGGUGUCAAGCAAAGUGGUAUUGGCCGCGAGCUGGGUGAGGCCGGUUUGGCGGCGUAUUCCAACGUUAAGGCCGUGCAUGUAAAUAUGAAGUCGAAGUUGUAA